AAUAUUAUCAUAAAUUUAGGGUAUUAAAUUUGGUUAUUUUAUCAAAAUUCCCCCGACGAAAUGAGACUAAAGUAAGGGCUAGGUGUUGUAAUUUACAAGUUAUCUAGGGUUAUUUAGGUCUUUUGAAAAUUUCAUUCAGGACAAACAGCGGCCGCGGGAAAAAAAAACUACCUGAGAGAAAUAGCAGAAUGCUAAUCAGACAAAGAACAAGGUCCCUCCUAAUCCCAAAUUUCUUCCGCCGGUUCACGACAACCGAGUCGACUCAGCCCCAACUCGCCGCCGCCGCUCCAUCCCCGGUAGACCCGGCCCGCCUCCUCCGGGUCUGCACCAUUCUCUACCAGCAACAGAACUCGCCCGAGUCACGUCUCCACUCGAACCUCAACUCCUCCGCCUUCCAACUCACCCACGAGUUCUUCCUCCAGGUCUGCAACUCCUUCCCCCUUUCAUGGCGGCCCGUCUACCUCUUCUUCCGCUACACUCAGUCCCACCACCCCGAUUUCACCCACACCGCCGUCUCCUUCAACAAAAUGCUCGACGUCAUCGGCAAGUCCAGGAACAUCCAGCUCUUCUGGGACACCCUCCAUGAGAUGGGACGUCGUCGUUUGGUGAAUCGCAAGACUUUUCUGAUUGCUCUCAGGACGCUGGCCAAGGCCAGGGAGUUGAACAAGUGUGUCGAUUUCUUUCACGCCAUGAAUGGGUUUGGAUUUGGGUACGAUUUGGGGAAUUUGAAUAUGGUGGUUGAGGAUUUGUGUGGGUCGAAGCUCGUCGUUGAGGCGAGAUUUCUGGUUUUGAAGCUGAAGGAAUCGAUUCGGCCCGAUGGGUUUACUUACAGGUGUUUGAUUCAAGGUUUUUGCGAUGUGGGUGAUAUGAUCGAGGCUUCAAAGAUUUGGAAUUUGAUGGUAGAUGAAGGGUUCGACCCGGAUAUCGGUGCCGUUGAGAAGAUGAUGGAGACCCUUUUCAAGACGAAUCGAUACGGCGAGGCGCUGAAGGUUUUCCAGAUGAUGAGGGUGAACAGAAUGGAGGAUUUGGGUCUCUCAACUUACAGGCUUGUGAUUGAGUGGAUGUGUAAAAGGGGCAAGAUAGAGGAAGCACAUGAGGUGUUUGAGGAAAUGCACAAGAGAAGGAUUGAGGCAGAUAAUUCGACAUUGGCGUCACUGGUUUACGGGCUUUUAGCAAGAGGACGAGUUACAAUGGCGUUCAAGGUUUUGGAAGGGAUCGAAAAGCCGGAUAUUAGCUUGUACCAUGGGUUGAUCAAGGGGCUUUUGAGGUUGAGAAAGGCGCGCGACGCGACGGAAGUGUUUAGGGAGAUGAUCAGAAGACGGUGUGAGCCUAACAUGCACACUUAUAUCAUGCUAUUGCAAGGGCAUCUGGGGAAGAGAGGGAGGAAGGGAUCGGAUCCUCUGGUGAACUUCGACACCAUUUUUGUUGGGGGUUUGGUGAAGGCAGGGAAGUCGUUGGAAGCCACCAAGUAUGUAGAGAGGGUGAUUAAAAGAGGACUCGAGGUCCCUAGAUUUGAUUACAACAAGUUUUUGCACUAUUACUCAAAUGAAGAAGGGGUGGAGAUGUUUGAGGAGGUGGGGAAGAAGUUCAGGGAGGUCGGGUUGGUGGAUUUGGCGGAUAUUUUUCAGAGGUACGGGGAGAAAAUGGCGACAAGAGAUAGAAGAAGAAAUAGGGCAGUAGAGACGUGAAGAGGGGUUGUGAAUUGUGAGUCCCUAGACUUUUAGGGCAUCUGUCCGAGAAAAUU